AGCGCUGAGGCCGCCGCCGGCGCCGGCCCAGCACCAGGUAAUGGGCGCGCCCCGCUCCCCCCGCCGCCGCUGCUGCCCCGGGGGCGGUCGCCGCUGAGGGAACAGCUGCAGUUUCGCCCGUCCGCAGAUCGGUGCCUGGCCCGGCGAGUGUGCUGUUUUUUGGACAUGCAGAAUUGGAACAUCAGCACACUGUGGAUGGUGGUGCUAUGUUGUGGAAUUUUGAAGAGAAAAUAGUUUUUUGGCAGUCGUCCAGUCUGCUUCUUCCCUUUUCGACUUUUGAAUCAGAGUAAACACCUGCGGGGCUCGGAGGCUUCAGGCUCUGAACUGCCUUCACCACUGCCGCCGUCUUCUGUCUAAUGUGCUACAAGGAUGAGCCCAGCAUUUGGAGCAAUGGAAGUGGAGCACUAUUCCAAGGGAGUCUUACUCGAGCCCUUUGUCCACCAGGUUGGAGGACACUCCUGUGUCCUCCGGUUUAAUGACAAGACCAUCUGUAAACCUCUUAUUCAGAGAGAACACCAGUUCUAUGAGACUCUCCCAACAGAAAUGCGUAAAUUCACUCCACAGUAUGAGGGUGUGGUAUCAGUGAGCUUUGAAGAAGAUGAAGAUGGAAACUUAUGUCUAAUAGCAUAUCCAUUAAAUGGGGACCAUGAUAACUUAGAAAACUUAGAUAACUCUGACUGUGAACCCAAAAGUAAGCUAUUGCGGUGGACUAACAAAAAGACGGUGUUGUUAGAAAAUGAGAAGAUAUCGAAGGAAUGGGUCCGGCAGCACAGGAAAGAGGAAAAAAUGAAAAGUCACAAACUAGAGGAAGAAUUUGAGUGGCUGAAGAAAUCUGAAGUCUUGUAUUACACUGUAGAGAAAAAAGGAAAUGUUAGUUCUCAGUUUAAACACCAUAAUCCUUGGAGCAUGAAAUGUCACCAGCAACAGUUACAGCGGAUGAAGGAAAACGCCAAGCACCGAAAUCAAUAUAAAUUCAUUUUGCUGGAGAACCUGACGUCCCGCUACGAGGUUCCAUGUGUGCUGGACCUGAAGAUGGGCACCCGGCAGCACGGCGACGACGCGUCCGAGGAGAAGAAGGCGAAUCAGAUCCGCAAGUGCCAGCAGAGCACCUCGGCUGUGAUCGGAGUGCGCGUCUGCGGCAUGCAGGUCUACCAGGCAGGCACUGGCCAGCUGAUGUUCAUGAAUAAAUACCAUGGAAGAAAACUCUCAGUCCAAGGAUUCAAAGAAGCACUUUAUCAGUUCUUUCAUAACGGCAAAUACCUGCGCAGGGAACUCUUUGAGUCUGUUAUUAAAAAACUCACUGAACUCAAGUCUGUGCUGGAGAAACAGGAGUCCUAUCGCUUCUAUUCGAGCUCCUUGCUGAUCAUCUAUGAUGGAAAGGAGAGGCAGGAAGUUGCCGUUGACUCGGAUCCAGAGGACCUAGAGGACCUUUCAGAGGAAUCUUCAGAUGAGUCGGCAGGAGCCUAUGCCUACAAACCAACUGCCAGCACUGUCGAUGUCCGCAUGAUAGACUUUGCCCACACAACCUGCAAGUACUAUGGAGAAGAUUCUGUGGUGCACGAGGGCCAAGACACGGGUUACGUUUUUGGACUCCAGAAUUUAAUAGAUAUUAUUAAAGAAAUAAGAGACGAAAGUAGUGAAUAAACAGUGUGAAUGCACAUCAGUAGAAAGCACUAUUGUGACUCUUUGUAUUCCAAAAUUAUUGGCCACUUUCUGGUGGUAGGAAUCUUUACAGGCUCUGCAGGGAUAAUCCUGUCAGGGUCAGACUUGUUCAGAGGGCAUUUACUUACAUUGGUGCUGGACCUAGCACUGGCAAAACUUGGUAUCCUUAUUUAUUUUAACUUUCUUAAACAUUCCAUAUUUGAUUACUCAGAUACCUCUGUUAUCCCUGUGUGUAUAUGUUCCAAUAAAAUUCUUUUUGUUCGUUGUAA